UAUCCCGACGAGCAUUUCGACAAUUACCAUAGCAGCGGGAUGUUGGUUUGAUUUCCACAUGGACAGCGCGAAUGGAGGACUUGUUGCGGUUCUAUCCGCUGCUGGUCGUGAGUUGGUCGGUGGCGAAAGACAGCAUGGAGUGGAACUGCGAACACUUAACUGUCAGAGCGACGGUAACCGCCCGAGGGAGGUCCAGGUAACGGGAACAGCGAAGGUUUGCUGCCCGGCGGACCGAGUGUCUGUCCGGGUGAGCGUGAGAAACAGCAAGGAGUCAGUGAACGAGGUCACCAACAGCGUCACACGGCGACUCGAAUACAUUAUGCAGACUCUCAGACAUCAGGGCAUCAGCGAUGAAGACACAACAGUGAGGAGGUUUCUACAGCGAGAUGCAAACAUGUAUCACAUGGAUGCUGAGGUCUUGGUUACGUCUAUGGAAUUUGAAAAGAUGGAGCACGUAUGUAGUGUCCUGGUGGAAAAGCUGGACAAGAGUGUUUGUGUGGGUACGCCACUGUUUUACCACAGUGAAGGAUGCCUCAGUCAAUUGAGGAGUCAAGCAUUUGUGUCAGCAGUUCAAAACGCUCAGCAGAAGGCCAGCAAAGUCAGUCAGCUCCUGGACCAAAGCCUGGGACACCCCUUACUGGUCCGAGAGGACGAAACAAGGGAGUGGAAGAACGAGGAGGAGUUGGACGGAGGUAAUGGGCAAGCUGCCGCACCAGUUUGUCAGCUUCCCAGUAUACCCACAAUCUCUGCCUUCUCACGGGUGUCUGUCUCGUUCAGCCUCAGGGACAAAAGCAGGAAAAAACUCUAAACACACCCAUGAACCCACUGACCCAUGAAACCAAAUGGCCAACUGUCACAGUUCAAAAAACAACGUUUAUUGCAUGGCUGAAUAAAGUGCUGUUCUGAA